UGGGUGGUGGAACGCCGCCGCUCCGGCUGCCGGACUUGCUGGUUGGGGCGUCCGGGCUGUGAAGGCGUGACUGGCGGCUCCUGGGGGCCAGCGCCCUCCAUCCGGCUCCCUGUAGUCACAGCUUGCGCCCCGGAACCCGAGCGCCUCCGGCCGGGCUUGCUUAGAGAAGACGCGGUCCUCCCGGCGCUUGGGCCCCGGGCCUCCCGGCCCGCUUCCCUGUCACUGAAGAACCGCUGGACUGAGCACCUGGGAGACGAAGGCCGGAGCCUUUAGGGCCUCGGGCCCGGGGACCCGUGGAGGAUGAGCUGGCUCUUUCCUCUGACCAAGAGCGCCUCCUCCUCCGCAUCUGGGUCACCCGGUGGCCUCACCAGCCUCCAACAGCAGAAGCAGCGCCUCAUCGAGUCCCUCCGGAACUCACACUCCAGUAUAGCAGAAAUACAGAAAGAUGUGGAAUACAGGUUGCCCAUCACCGUAAACAACCUGACAAUUAACAUUAAUAUAUUGCUCCCUCCACAAUUUCCUCAGGAAAAACCAGUGAUCAGUGUUUAUCCACCAAUACGACAUCACUUAAUGGAUAAACAAGGAAUAUAUGUUACCUCUCCAUUAGUAAACAAUUUCACAAUGCACUCAGAUCUUGGAAAAAUCAUUCAGAGUCUGUUGGAUGAGUUUUGGAAGAACCCUCCAGUUUUAGCUCCUACUUCAACAGCAUUUCCAUACUUAUACAGUAACCCCAGUGGGAUGCCUCCUUAUGCUUCUCAGGGUUUUCCCUUUCUUUCUCCAUAUCCCCCACAAGAAGCUAACAGGACUAUCACUUCUUUAUCUGUUGCUGACACUAUUUCUUCUUCAACAACAAGUCAUACAACAGCCAAACCCGCUGCUCCUUCAUUUGGUGUCCUUUCAAAUCUGCCGUUACCUGUUCCCACAACAGACACUUCAGCACCGAUAAGUCAAAAUGGUUUUGGUUACAAGAUGCCAGAUGUCCCUGAUGUGUUUCCAGAACUCUCAGAAUUAAGUGUUUCACAACUUACAGAUAUGAAUGAACAAGAGGAGAUAUUGCUAGAACAGUUUCUGACUUUGCCUCAACUAAAACAAAUUAUCACUGACAAGGAUGACUUAGUAAAAAGUAUUGAGGAGCUGGCAAGAAAAAAUCUCUUGUUGGAGCCCAGCUUGGAAGCCAAAAGGCAAACUGUUUUAGAUAAGUAUGAAUUACUUACACAAAUGAAAUCUACUUUUGAAAAGAAGAUGCAAAGGCAGCAUGAACUUAGUGAGAGCUGUAGUGCGAGUGCCCUACAGGCAAGAUUGAAAGUAGCUGCACAUGAAGCUGAGGAAGAAUCUGAUAACAUUGCUGAAGAUUUCUUGGAGGGAAAAACUGAAAUAGAUGAUUUUCUCAGUAGCUUCAUGGAAAAGAGAACAAUUUGUCACUGUCGAAGAGCCAAGGAAGAGAAACUCCAGCAAGCAAUAACACUGCACAGCCAAUUUCAUGCUCCAUUAUAGAUUUUCCUGAAAACAUGUACUGCCAAGAGAGGAAUGGGACACAAAACUAAGCACCUUUUAUAUUUAUGAUUUGAAAAUUGGCAUUUCAUCACAGUGACUGAAUUCAUAGAUGUACUAUACAGAUUGUAUACAGAACUGAGACUGAUUUUAUACAGAUUAGAAUGAUUGCUAUAAUCUUUGCUUUGAGAAAUUUUUCUGCACUGUUUGCACUACAAGUGUUAACUUAUUGUUGAUCACUCCUAUCAUAUUUAAGUUCCACUGCUGUUCUCUCUUACUAUUGAUUAAAUACCUAUGCAUGUAAUUUUAGCUGGUUUCAAUAUUUUAUACUACUACUUCAUUUAAAUUUAUAUUUUUAAUUUAAAAUGAUUUCAUUUCUUUAUCAAGAAUGGUUCAGAUUUUAUCCUCUUAACCUUUUCUGAAAAUUACCAUUUUCACUGUUAACAGACUUAUUUUUCCUUUCUUUUUGGAUGGUAAGACUUUGAAAAAACAAUUUGUUUUGAACUGUUAGUGUCAGGAAACACCAAACCUGACAAUGUCCCAUCUCAAGAAAGUAACUUUUAAUUCUUAAAAUAAAUCAAAAGAAUAAACCAGCUGCUCUUCUAUAUUGCUUAGUUUUUUAAGUUAAAGACACAUUAUAAAAGAAGCAAUAAAGGUAAAUUAAUAUUUUGCUUAAUAGAAAAUAUUUGCCUUAAAUUAGUCCAACAUAAAUAUUCAUACUAGUUUAUUAUAUAAGUAGCUGAUGGGUUUGUGGUUGGAUAAGGUAUAUGCUAAAUUCCUAAUGUUAAAGUCAAAAACAAUCCUUUUGUUAAUAAAUAGUAAAUCUAGACACAAAAGCAUCAGUGAAUUUUUCUAACCUUUACUCUUAGUGUUCAUAAGAGGAGAGCUUUGGUAAUAAAUUUAAUAUUUAUUUUUUAGGCAGUCUAGUUUUAACUGAAUUUUCUCUUUAACGUGUAUAUGUUAACUUCCUUCUAUACAUAUUACCGAAUGAACACAUUUUAUGGAUAGCCAUAAAAGCUAAUAAAGGAGAAAAUCUCGAACUAUAUAAUAGUUAAGGAUUAGUAAGGUAGUAUCUAAAUCACAAAACAACCCAAUGCAUAUUUUUGUUUAAAUUUCAUCUCAAUAUGAUUGUCAUUCCAAACACCAGCACAUGUAGUUUUGUCCUUUCCUCAUUCUGCUGUUCUUCCUAUACAUUUUUUUGACUGAGUUUUAGGAAAAACAGAAUUAUUUUCUUAAGACUUGAAAAACAAUAGUCUGUAUGUGGAAGGGCAGGUAUUCACAUGGACUUCAAAUAUAUAAAUAGAUAAAGAAGUUGACUUUUAUUAACCACCUGUCUUCCUGACACUGUGCUAAGGGCAUGCUGUUAAGCUUCAAAAUGACCAGACGAGGAAGAUAAACUAUCCUGGAUUUCCAGUUCAGAUAACUGAGAUAUACACUGGCAAGUGGAAGAAAUUAAAGUCACAGCCUCAAUAUUAGCAAAGAAGAUUGUAAGAGUGAUAACUACAAGAAUGACAUAAAGGAAACAGUUCCACCAGGACUUGAUUCAGCAGAGAAAGAAGAUAGAAAAUGGUACCAGAACUGAGAGAGUUACAUACUUGUACAUAAAGUUGCAUGGCGCUGUGGGGAGAUGAAGGGGUCCCUGGGUCUGGCUGUGAUCAGCUCUAAACAGAGGAUUCACGUAGUUGGCCCGAUUCUUCCACAGGUAAGCCCAUAAAGAGUAUGUUCUUUCUUGAAUUCUAGUAAAAAGAAAAUGAUCCUGAAAAGAACCUAUCUUGUUUCUUAUAAAUGGUAAAUAUGUAAUAUCAAAGCUGGAAAGGAACCAGAAGUUGUUAUCUGAAUAUCCAUGCCCCUCUUCUAUAGCAGUCUUUGUCUUCAUGGUUAUCCACUGGCUAAAAAUACAGCAGAAAAGCUGUAAUAGUCUCCACUCUUCUGCUAUCUGGACUGGCCUCAGUAAGAUCUGUAAUUCCUCUGAGCAUGAAAUAAAACUAAUUUGGGGGGUAUUUUUCCCCAAAUAGUCAUUUAACUUUUAUUUUCCAGGUACUAUUCAAAUGCUACACAUGUUUCCUCUCGUUUCCUCUCAUUUAAUCCUCAUUGAAUUCUUAUGAGGUCUGUACAGAUGAGGAAACGGAGGCUUGGAGAAAUUAGUUUUCCAAAUCACAACUAGUGAGUGGAACAGCCUGGAUUCAAGCCCACUAAAUUGGCUGGUCUGUUGCAACAAAACACAAAACUGUCUGGGAAAACAGGAAGUUUCCAAACUGGCAGGAAUAAAUGUGAUGUUGAAUGUGAAUCAAAAACCUCUCGUUGAACUCAAAGGCACAGGGGAAUUGUUCCAUCAGCUGCCAGGUGCACUCAAUGAACUGGUCAAUAACUGGAGAGAUUUCUUUUGGAUCACCAUCUAGAUUGCCAUACCUAGGAAGCAAAAGAUUGUCAGCUGAUCUGACCUGAUAAAGGAUGCCUAGCAGUAGAGAGAUCCCUUCCAGGCUCUGCUGUCAGCAUCUGUCUAGCAUGAAGUCAGGAUUCACUGAAGUUCUUUCUACCAAACCAUGGUUCAGCAGGCAGGAGCCAGAAUGUCAGCUCUGUGAGGGAAGAGACUUGAUCUGGCUUAUUCGACAUGCAUCCUCAGCACCUUGAGGAGUGCCUGCCAGUAAAAAGUUCCAGCGAGCUGGUGGGAUGGCUUGGCAUCCACCCUCUGAAGCUCAGCCCAAGAAUAAAUGAUCCUUUUCACCUUCUCUUCCUACGAGGCAUGGAAAUGAGAGCAAGUUUAAAAAUAAAGACACCAGACUUCCCAGCUGACCUGGAGAUGCCUGUGCCAAAAGCCAGAGAGGAACGGAUGCCUCCCUGAACAAGGCCCUAAAAUGUACUGCAAGCAAGAAUGUUCCAAUGCUUCUGUCUUCAUUUAGCUCACCCAGCAAGGGGCAAGGGGCCGCAUCUCCUGCCAGUUGCCGAGUGGCGAUCAGUGAGGAUGCAGAUGCUCCAUUUGAUCCUGUGGUAUUGGCCUUUCUUGUCUCUUAAGAUCCGAAGUUGAAAUGCACCUUGGCCUUCCCUUAAUUAACAGCCUGACACUCGCCUGAGUUCUGCUGAUGUCUGAUUUGCCCCUUUUGAAUUUUGGACUCAGAAAACCAAGACCAAUGAAAUGGUCCUCAAAGAACUGGCAAAAUGAUCAUUUCCCUUCACCAGAGGAUUUCAUCAUGGUCUAUAAACAGAAAUGUGUGAGUAGCCUGUUUUGGGGUUGCUCUUUUACUUAGAGCCCACACGGUGACACAGAAUAAAAUUCUGAGCUCUGCAAUGAAUUGUAUCCAGCAUAUUGAUGUUAGUGGUGUUCUCUCCCGACCCAUUCCAAACGACGUGAGCCCUCUCCAUAGGGAACUUCCCAGUAACUGGAGAGAUUUGUAUGUUUGCUCCUCCACAAGACACCAACUGGAUUUUAUAGAUGAUUCUUUAAAACAAUUCCAGCUUUGUUCAUGAUGCUAUUCUCUAGAAUCUCUGUACAAUUAAUUAUACCAUGAAGGCUUUUGUAUAGUUGUUUCCUUGUAAACAAUUUGAUGCUAAUGUGAAAUGGUAAGGUACAAUCAAUAAAUUCUAUUCGCCUAUA